AUGUUCACUCUAUCGAUCUAUCUAUCUCAGUCAGAUCAUUAUCUAUCUAUCUAUCUAUCUAUCUAUCUGUCUGUCUGUCUGAGUCUGGCUAGAAUUUAUUUCACCUCGGGCAAGGUAUUUGUAAUAAUGCACACUAACGGAGACAAGUACGGAAGAAUAUUUAUUAUUGUGCAGAAAAGCGAUCAAUAUCUAUCUAUCUAUCUAUCUAUCUAUCUAUCUAUCUAUCUAUCUAUCUAUCUAUAUUGGUCCCAGUAUCUCUCUCUAUCUAUCAAUAUUCUAGCUAAUUCAUAUCUAUCUAUCUAUCUAUCUAUCUAUCUAUCUAUCUAUAUUGGUUCUAGUAUCUCUCUCUUUCCGUCAAUGUUCGAUCUUAUUCAUAUCUAUCUAUCUAUCUAUCUAUCUAUCUAUCUCCUCGUUUUCUGUUUCUUUCUUUUUCUGUUUCAUUUCUUUCGCCUCCUUUCUUUCUUUUUCUUUCUUUCUUCCUCUCUUUGUCUCUUCCUUCUUUUUCUACUCCUUUUUCUCUACUGUUUCUUUUUCGAUUUCUUUUUCUCUCAUUCAUUCUUUCUUUCCUUCUUUUCUGUCUGUUUUUGUCGAUUUUCCCCGAAGCUAUCUGGGUCGGUCAGUCAGUCGAUGCCGACGCCGGAUACGACCGUUAAUAUCUAUCGGAUACUAUCUAUCUAUCUAUCUAUAUUGGUCCCAGCGACCAUCAUCUACUAUAUUGGUUCUAUUUCUCUCAAUGUUCGAUCUUAUUCAUUAUCUAUCUAUCAUCUAUCUAUCUAUCUGUUAUAG